GCUCGUUAUUGUUCGGAAAUAGGCUCUUUCGCUUUCGGUCCGGUGUUCUAUAGAACGCCAUUCUUGUUGUUCUAACAACAUGCCGCAGAGGCACAGUUGCCCUUGUAACUAACUAUGCAGUCAACAAUUUAGCCUUCAAAUGAUGACUUCUGACAACAACUGCUGGUACACCAGUGAAGAUGUAGACCGCUGUCCUGAGAAAUGGAAAAAGCCUGUAUCUUAGAUGACCGUGUAUGGAUCAGAUUCACGGACUUCCACCUGGAAGACGCCCCGUCGUGUGUGUGGGACGACGUUCAAAUCUUCGACACCUCGGUCACUCCUCGCGCGCGAAUUGGAGAGAAGUACUGCGGCACGGACACACCUCCGUAUGUAGUGUCUCCCGGACAGACUCUGCGCGUCAGCUUCCAUACUGACUACAGUGUAACAGCCAAGGGGUUCUCUUUCGACUACUCGUUUGAAAGCAUAGCCGGCCUGGGAGACUGUGGGAUGACUGCUACCAUAAGUAGCGGUUCUGGUGCCAUUACCUCCCCCAGCUACCCGAGUGCGUAUUCCGACAAUGAGAACUGUGUGUAUGAACUAACAGCCGCCAAUGCGAACGAUGUCAUACAGCUCUUCUUCGUGCAGUUCUCUCUGGACUCGGCAGGAGGAGACUCCCUGAGGAUCGUCACCACAGGAGCCCACCACGCCGGGGAUACCGUGCACACACGGGACGAUGCAAACUUCCUCCAUGUGGCGGGCACCAGUCUGACCUUGACCUUCACCUCCUCAUCUGGAUCCCCCAAUGGAGAUGGGUUCCUGGCCACUUAUUCGGUCCUCACAGACGGUGCUAUUCUGGGUAUGUGUGGAGGGACAUACACGUCAGACACCGGCACGAUCACCUCCCCAGGGUACCCUGGGAACUAUGACAACAGUGCCGACUGCGACUACUCCAUCACAGUCAGCGCCGGGAACGUUGUUCAGCUUGAGUUCAGCACGUUUCACGUCGCAGGCUACUGUAACGGGGACUCCCUCUCCAUCUAUAACGGGGACAGCGCGUCUGCACCGAUGAUAGCGCACUACUGCGCGGAGGGAUUCCGGGCUGACUACACCGCUAUAUCCAGCGGUGCGGUCCAGCCAACAACUGUGUCGCCAGCGGGUCCACGGAGGAGACCCCUUCAGACGGUAUACCCAUCUGUGACACCCGCUUCCUGAGUGACCCCACCGUUCCUGUAGUAUCACACAGCGGCUACUCCUCCGGCACCAGCUACAGCGCCGAUACCUCCUGUACGGUCGUCCUGACCACCGACCACGAUCUCAGGAUCGACAUGUGGAU